AAGCUUGUGGACUUGUACUCCCAGCUUGAACUUCCCAAGCGCUUAGUCCAGUGCUCUGCACACAACAUGUUCCCGUUGAUCUUCGCCUCCGCGGAGCCGGCCCCGGCCCCGGGCCCGUCGGUGGAGAUCAUCGAGCAGCCCAAGCAGCGGGGGAUGCGCUUCCGCUACAAGUGCGAAGGCCGCUCGGCCGGCAGCAUCCCCGGGGAGAGGAGCACCGACACCACCAAGACCCACCCCACCAUCAAAAUCAGCGGCUACGUGGGGCCGGGGAAAGUUCGCAUCUCCCUGGUGACCAAGGAGCCCCCGCACCGGCCUCACCCCCACGAGCUGGUGGGGAAGGACUGUCGGGACGGCUUCUACGAGGCCGACCUCUGCCCCGACCGCUGUAUCCACAGCUUCCAGAACCUGGGCAUCCAGUGCGUGAAGAAGCGCGAUCUGGAACAGGCCAUCACCCAGCGGAUGCAGACCAACAACAACCCCUUUAAUGUGCCGCUGGAGGAGCAGCGAGGAGACUACGACCUGAACGCCGUGCGGCUGUGCUUCCAAGUGACCGUGCAGGACCCGGCCGGCCGGCCCCUGGCCCUGCCCCCGGUCCUCUCCCAGCCCAUCUACGACAACCGGGCCCCCAACACAGCGGAGCUGAAGAUCUGCCGUGUGAACCGGAACUCGGGGAGCUGCCUCGGGGGCGAUGAGAUCUUCCUGCUGUGCGAUAAGGUGCAGAAAGAGGACAUCGAGGUGUGUUUCUCGGGGCAGGGCUGGGAGGCCCGCGGCUCCUUCUCGCAGGCCGACGUGCACCGACAAGUGGCUAUCGUGUUCCGGACGCCGCCCUACGCCGAGCCCACCCUGCAGGCCCCCGUCCGCGUCCUCAUGCAGCUGCGGCGGCCCUCGGACCGCGAGCUCAGCGAGCCCAUGGAGUUCCAGUACCUGCCGGACCCAGAUGACCGCCACCGGAUUGAGGAGAAGCGCAAACGCACUUAUGAUGCUUUUAAGAGCAUCGUCAAAAAGAGCCCUUUCAGCGCAGGGACGGCAGAUUCCCGCAGCCCUCGCCGCAUUGCCGUGCCCACCCGAGGCGUGCCCCUUUCCCACAAAACGGGUGGUCUCCCCGGCCUGCCACCCCCCGCCGUCCAGCCCUACGGUUACUCGGCCACGCCGCCGUCCCUCAGCACCAUCAACAUGGAGGAGUUCUCCCCGCUGAGCUUCCCCCACGUGCCCGCCCCGGCCCCGGCCCCCGCCCCGCCGCCCCAGCACCCCCCUCCCGCCCCCGCCGCCCCCCAGCCCGGGGAAGGGGUGCUGGCGGAAGCCCUGCUCAGCCUGCAGUUUGACUCGGAUGGCGACGGGGGCCUGGGGGGGCUGCUGGACGACCCCGACGCGGCCUACACCAGCCUGGGGGCCAUCGACAACUCGGAGUUCCAGCAGCUGCUGAACCAGGGCCCCGCCGGGGCCGCCGGGGCCGCCCAGGGUCCCGCGGGGGAGCCCAUGCUGAUGGAGUACCCCGAGUCCAUCACCCGCCUCAUGGGGACCCCCCAACGCCCGCCCGACGGAGCCGCCCCCGCCGUCCCCGCCGCCGCCGCCCUCCCUAACGGGUACCUGGUUCCCGAGGAGGCCUUCCCGUCUCUGGCGGAAAUGGACAUCACAGCCUUCCUCAAUCAGAUCAACUCCUAAGGCGGCGGCGGCGGGGGGGAAGGCCGGGCCACGGGCCCGGGGAGCAGCCCCCUUUUAUUCUCUUAA